AUGGCCCCGGGGCUCACCAUCACCAUGGCCCCGGGGCUCACCAUCACCAUGGCCCCGGGGCUCACCAUCACCAUGGCCCCGGGGCUCACCAUCACCAUGGCCCCGGGGCUCACCAUCACCAUGGCCCCGGGGCUCACCAUCACCAUGGCCCCGGGGCUCACCAUCACCAUGGCCCCAAUGGCUCAACAUAACCAGGCCGCCCCCCCCUCAGUUUACCACAGACAUGGGCCAGGGCUCACUAUCACCAUGGCCUCACCAUCACCACGCCCUCAGGGCUCACCAUCACCAAAGCCUCAGGGCUCACAAUUACCAUGGCCUCAGGGCUCACCAUCACCAACGCCUCAGGGUUCAAAAUCACUCUGA